AUGCAUGUUGUGUCGUCCCCCCCAACCCCAGAGAAGCUGCUGUUGCCAGUGCUGCCGCGGUCCCCGGUCCUGCGGGCCUGCAGCAUCCCCGUCCCCCCCCACCGCUCCCCCGUGCAGGCCUGGGUGGAGUCGCUGCGGCAUCACGAUGACGAACACCAGGGCCUGACCGAUCUUCAUCCCGAUGUCUUCGCUGUCAGGCCCAGGCUCGACAUCCUGCACAUGGUGGCCAUGUGGCAGAAGAAUUUCAAGAGGAUCAGCUACGCCAAGGUGAAGACGCGGGCGGAGGUGCGGGGGGGUGGCAGGAAGCCGUGGCGGCAGAAGGGAUCGGGUCGAGCCCGGCACGGCAGCAUCCGCUCGCCCCUGUGGCGCGGGGGGGGCAUCGCCCACGGGCCGCGGGGUCCCACCAGCUACUACUACAUGCUGCCCAUGAAGGUGCGAGUGCUGGGGCUGAAGGUGGCACUGACGGUGAAGCUGAUGCAGGAUGACCUUCACAUCGUCGACAGCCUGGAGAUACCCACUGCUGAUCCCCAGUAUCUGGUGGACCUGGCACAGUACCGGCACUGGGGCCGCUCCGUCCUCAUCGUCGACGUCAACAAGAUGCCGGAGAACAUCGAAACUGCCACAGCCAGUUUGAAAACCAUCAACCUGAUCCCAGCGUUAGGUCUCAAUGUGCACAGCAUGCUGAAGCAUGAGACGCUGGUGCUCACGUUGGACACCGUCACCUUCCUGGAGAAGAAGCUGCUGUGGCACGACACCCGUUACUCGGCGCUCUACCCCUUCUCCAUGCCCUACAGUGACUUCCCCUAGCCCCCCCUCCCCGGCCAGGGUGAGACCACCCCCCCAGGCAGGAUCUGGCCCCCCCCCUGGCAGAAUCCAGCCCCCAUCUCUUUGGAAAGGAUUUUUGGGGGAGCACCACGCGCUGCCGUGGCCAUUAAAGACUGUGGGGUGCUGUGUGGAUUCAGUGUCUGUGGGUGGCCGGGAUUUUCAGGGCCACC